AAAUAAAUAAAAACUUUUAUUUCAAUAAUAAUCAGAUAAAUAGUUCAAUUCUGUUUCUUUUACAUUUUUUAUAAAAGAUUAAUUGAUUUCCAUUCUAGAGGUUGGCUUUUUUUCUUCUGUUGCAUUUUCAACAAAUUUAUAUUAUAAAUUUAUAUUAUGAUUAAUUGAAUUUUUAUGUUUCUCAUUUAUUUAUCAUUAUUAGUUUUUUCCUGCUAUAAUAAUUUUAUUGCAUAUUUUUCAUUUUAUUUUAUAUGAGUUAUUGUUGUAUUUUUUAAGCUAAGAUUUCAAAUUUAAAUCCUCCAAUUAAUUGUUUUUUUUUCUUGAAAAAAAAGAAGGAAAUAUUGUUAUUGCUGUUAUCAUUAUUAUUUAUAAAAUAACCAUAUUAUAUAUGAUAAAUUUUAAACAAUUUUUUAAACUAUUAUUUGAAUCUCUAUUAUUCGUUUUGAAAUUGCAAAAUAUUAAAAAGCAAUAAAAUUAAAAAAAAAAUUAACACAUUACAAAACUAUAAACUGUAUUCCGACAAAAAUGGCUUGAUACUUGGCAAGGUUAGUUCAGAUUUCUAUCAAAAUUAAACAUUGUAUCACGUGACAUAUGUCCACAUAAUCUAAUACUAGUAAUAAAGAUGUGAUAUCAAAUUCUAUGUUGGGAGUAGUAGAUAAGAAACAAAGUUGUGAAAAUAUAAAUAGUUGACAGUUGAUAUUGCCAAUUUCUUUCCUCUAUUACUUAAUUUCUCACUAUACAAAGUGUAACAUCAAACUCUACGCGCGUAAUAAUUUUUCCAAUCAAAGAAAAUUAAUAUAAUAGUAGAUAUUGCAAUUUUAUGUCAAACAUUUUAUAAUAUAUAGAUUGGUAAAAAAGUAUUCUAUAAAAAAAAGUAAUUAUCAUAAAAGUAAAUUAUCAUAAUAUAGUGCUAGAUAGUAUUAUAAACAUUACAGAUUUUUAUUGUAUAUUGUUAGAAAUAUAUUAAUUGAACAUUUUUAUUUAUUUUGACAUAUAAGGUUAUUUCAAUUCAAUAUAAAAAUUCAAGAGGAAAAAAAAUACUAAGAUAUAUCACUUGAGAAAAAUAUUACAUAAAAUUAAUCAAAUUUAUUUGUGACAGUGAAUUAUUUUAGAGUUAAUUUGUCCUAUUAAAAAUACAAUUUCAAAUGCAAUGAAAAUAAACGAGAAAAACAUGGUAGCUUUUGCAACUUCGGCAACACCAGUGGAUCGUGAAGGCUGGUUAUACAAACGUGGUGAAUUGAAUCGUGGCUAUCAAAAAAGAUGGUUUGUUCUCAAAGGAAAUAUAUUAUUUUAUUUCGAUCGACGCGGUGACAAAGAACCAGUUGGUAUGAUAGUUCUUGAAGGUUGUACUAUUGAAUUAGCAGAAGAUGAGGAACAAUUUGGUUUUCAAAUUGUAUUUCAUGGUCCAAAUAAUAGAAAUUAUGCUCUUGCAGCAGAAUCUCAAGAAUCUAUGGAGCAAUGGAUGAAAGCUUUAGCAUGUGCAAGCUAUGAUUAUAUGAAGUUAAUGGUAGCAGAUUUACAAAGACAAUUGGAUGCUGCAGAAGAAGAAACAACAAUGGUGGUAGCUCCUUCACAAUCUCCUAAAGCUCCACCAAGGCAACGACAUAAUCCUUUUAAUAGAUCAGAAUUUCAUCAUCGUUCACAAAGUGUUAGAUCUGCCCCUGGAAGAACAGAAAAUGUUCCAAGAACAAGGAUAACAUUCCGUGAAUUGCAUAAUAUGUAUGGUAGAAGAAUUUUAGCUGAUUUAAAUGAAUGGAGACAUACAAGGAAAGCUGCUGAAGCUCCCUUGAUCAGUUUUUAAUAAUGCAUUAUAUAAAUUGUAAAUAUUUAAUUUAAUAUAAGAUUAUAAAGUAGUCGAUAAAAGAAAUAUAUUAAGUUCGUAAAUUCAUCCCAUCUAUAUAUUUAAAAAUUGUGAUAAAUGAAGAAAUAAAAAAUUUUCAUUACAACUUUUCACUAAUUCCCAUUAAAAAAUAAAAUAUUAUUUGAUUCUAGAUAUUAAUAUAUAAUUUUUAAUGGUGCUAUUUGAUAUUUUAUUUUAAGAUCUCAUUAUAUUUCUUCCAUCGACUAUAUGCACAUUAAAUAUUAUUGGAAUGUAUCAUUUAUUUUUAUAAACCAAAAUAUUUACAAUCAAUAUACAACAAAAUAUAAUUAUAAAUUUUAAUCAUUAUUAGAAUAUUACAAAUUAUUGCUAAAUUAUCUCAAAUAGAAACUGUGCCUGUAAAAUACAAUACAUUCAUUAUUGUUAAAUUAAAUUACAUUGAAAACUAACUCAUAUAUUAUAACAUGAUUCACACAAUUCUGAAUUGUAAAAUGAAUUAAAAUUAUAUUGAAACAAUAAUUCCUAGACAUCAUAAAUAAAUAUCAUAUAUCUGACAAAA